CUCUGGUGAAUGAAUAAAGUGUCAAACAAAAUUUCAUCUCAUUUUAUCUGUUCCUCUUUCUUUCUGUUCUCUGCUAUUAUACUGAACUUUUUAUCUUUGGGACUUGUCAAUGUCUGAAGCAAUUGCUAUUAAGGAUCCUGCCAUUAAGCUCUUUGGUUGGACUAUUCAGUUACCCCAUUUUCCGGCUCCGGCGCCGGAGGAUACCGGAGAUAAUUGUUUCUCAGCUGGAGAAGUCGAGCAAGAGCUCAAGGGUCAGUGUGAUGAUUGUAUUGAUGACAAUGAACAUUUGACUACUGAGGAUUUACAGGAUCAGAAUCCAAUUCAGCAGAGAUGUGAUAUUAUAAAGGAGUCGCCUGAUUGUUAUGAAUCUUCAACAGCCAAAAGGUCAAAAAGUGAAGAGGAACACAGUGAAACAAGCAACUCACAGGAGAGAAACCUGAAAAAACCAGACAAGACACUUCCAUGCCCUCGCUGUAAUAGCAUGGAAACAAAAUUUUGUUACUUCAACAAUUACAACGCCAGCCAGCCUAGACACUUCUGCAAGAAUUGUCAGAGAUAUUGGACUGCUGGUGGGACUAUGAGGAAUGUGCCUGUAGGUGCUGGUCGUCGGAAACACAAGAACUCGGUUUUGCAUUACAGUCACAUAUCCGUCUCUGAAGCACUAUCAAAUGCAAGAACAAAUUUUCCUAAUGAAACCCAGCAACCUCCCCUCAAGCUCAAUGGAACUAUUCUGACAUUUGAUACUGAAGACCCCCUAUCUGAGUCAAUGGUUUCAGUUUUGAACGUUGCUGAUAAAACUAUGCAGAAUUGUUCUGGGAAUGGGUUCCAAAAAUAUAAAGAGCUUCGAAUUCAAGCUGGAGAUAAUGGAGAUGAUCAUUCCGAUGGAUCUUCGGUUACUGCUGUAAGUUCAAAGGAUAAUGAUAAUGGAUUACCUAACACUCCAAGGAAGAACUACAACAGCUUUCCAACUCAUUCACCUUGCUUUACUGAAGCUCCUUGGCCAUAUAUAUGGAGUUCUGUGCACUGUAGAAAUGCAGUACCUCCACCGGGUUACUCCCUUCCUGGCAUUCCUAUGCCAUUCUUCCCUGCAACCACUUAUUGGGGUUGUACAAUACCAGGUUCUUGGAAUGUCCCUUGGAUGUUCCCACCCACUGCAUCCCACAACCAAAUGCCUCUAACUCCUGGUCCUGAUUCUCCAACUUCGGGGAAACAUUCAAGGGAUGAGAAUGUGCUGAAAUCGAAAGGCACUGAGGAAGAGCAACGAAAAGAGAGUGAUCCUGGGAAGCGUCUAUGGUUUCCUAAAACAUUGCGAAUUGGUGAUCCAGGAGAAGCUGCAAAGAGUCCUAUCUGGGCAAUAUUAGGAAUAAAACAUGAGGUUGUUGAUUCAGUUGGUGGAGGUCUUCUCAAUGCCUUUCUGCCAAAGAAUGAUGAGAGGAGCUGUGUUUCAGAAAACUCUACUUUAUUACAAGUCAAUCCAGCAGCAAUGUCCAGGUCGUUAAAUUUCAAUGAGAGCUCAUAAGCAGGUGUGUUGAUAAGCUUUGUAAAUGUUAUAAAUGGUGGUGGCAAGACAGGAGUUAUUCAGCUGACUAUGCUUCACAGUUGUCUGCCACUGGCAUUUCCGUUAGACCAGUUAUUCAUACUGUAGUCCAGUGAAAGUCUAGAUGUAGACUGAAUGUUAAGUUUUUUACAAAAUUAGAAUAGAUCAAUCUUGCUGUUAGUUCCCUCCUUUUUGUGUGAGUGAGGCCGGUGUGUUUU